CUCUUUCUCUCUCUUAAACAAACAAGAAGCACAAGCAGCUGAAGCAGAAGCACAAGCAGCUCAACUUUCUCCCUUUUGAUAUCUGUGCUCCAGAAUUCCCCAAUUGGAUUGGAACAUUUCAUUUUAGCUGAGGAAGAUCUGUGUUCUUAUCCAGGAAGAUAUAAGCAGCUUAGAGUUUUGAUUCUUGCUUCAGUGGGGCAAUUUUUCGGGUUAAUGUUUCUGGGGUUUUCUCGGCUCAUUGGAGUUGCGUGAUUGGUCUAUCAGUGAUGCAGUGUUUGGUUUGAAGUGCAAGAAGAAGAGAUCUUGUUUUGCCAUUGUAAGUUAUGAUCAAACAGAUACUUAAUAGACUCCCAAGGAAGCCCAAGUCAGGUGAUCAUCGUGAAGGAGGAUCGUCCAGCUCUUCUUCAAAUGCUUCAACCAGUUCAAGAAGCGGCUCAACGAGUAAUAAGUAUGCACACUCGGGUACUACGUCAGUUUCAGGCCCCAAUUCUACUCCAAAUUAUGGAGUAAAUCAUGGAAGCAAGCUUAACUCGGAUGUGAAUGCAAAGGUUAAUGGGAAUUCAUUGGCUUCGUUUGAGGCACUGCCUAGCUUCAAAGAUGUUCCGAAUUCAGAGAAGCAGAACUUGUGCAUAAAAAAGUUGAACUUAUGUUGUUAUGUGUUUGACUUCACUGACCCAACGAAAAACCUCAAGGAAAAGGACAUCAAGCGACAGACAUUGGUAGAGCUUGUGGAUUACAUUGCUUCUGCUAAUGGGAAGUUCUCAGAAAGUGUCAUUCAAGAACUUGUAAAGAUGGUGUCCAUAAACUUAUUUAGAACAUUCACUUCUCCACCCCAUGAGAACAGAGCUUUAGAGGCCUUUGACUUAGAAGAGGAUGAGCCCUCAAUGGACCCAGCAUGGCCGCACUUGCAAGUUGUGUAUGAAUUGUUCUUGAGGUUUGUGGCAUCACCUGAGACAGAUGCAAAGUUAGCUAAGAGGUAUGUUGAUCACUCAUUUGUUCUCAAGUUAUUAGGUCUUUUUGAUUCAGACGACCACAGAGAGAGGGACUACUUGAAAACUGUUCUGCACCGCAUCUAUGGGAAAUUUAUGGUGCACCGCCCAUUCAUCAGGAAAGCAAUCAACCACAUCUUCUACCAUUUUAUUUUUGAAACUGAAAAGCAUAAUGGGAUUGCUGAGCUGUUAGAAAUUUUGGGAAGUAUAAUCAACGGAUUUGCUCUGCCAUUGAAAGAAGAGCACAAACUCUUUCUUGUUCGAGUGCUUAUUCCACUCCACAAACCUAAAUGUGUAUCCUUGUACCAUCAGCAGUUAUCUUAUUGCAUUACCCAAUUUGUGGAGAAAGACUGCAAACUUGCUGAUACAAUAAUCCGUGGGUUACUAAAAUAUUGGCCUAUUACAAAUAGUUCCAAAGAGGUCAUGUUCUUAGGUGAGCUGGAAGAAGUUUUAGAAGCUACUCAGCCUGGAGAGUUCCAACGCUGUAUGGUACCGUUAUUUCGCCAAGUUGGCCGUUGCUUGAGCAGUUCACAUUUUCAGGUGGCGGAAAGAGCUCUCUUCUUAUGGAAUAAUGAUCACAUUUCAAACCUAAUCAAACAGAAUCGCCAUGUUUUACUGCCCAUUAUAUUCCCCUCGUUGGAGAGAAAUGCAAGAAAUCACUGGAACCAGGCAGUUCAAAGCCUAACAUUAAAUGUUCGCAAGAUAUUCUCUGAUAUUGACCCUGAGCUUUUUGAGGAAUGCUUGCUCAAAUUCCAGGAAGAUGAAGCACAAGAGAAGGAAAUGAGUUUGAAACGUGAACUGACUUGGAAACGUUUGGAAGAGAUUGCUGCAAAGAAAGCUUCUGCAAGUAACGAAGCGGUGCUUGUGUCCCCAAGAAAAGCCAUGGGCAAACCUUCUGGCUAGCAAGUUAAAAAAACUUAUAAUGUGAUCCCAGUGGUUUUGAUGUUCUAAUUACUACGCAGAUCGUAGACUGACAUUGCUUUAUAAGUUCUGAGAUAUCGCUUGUUGUUGGUUCCUCCAGCUCAUUACCUGCCAAAAUAUGGGAAUGUCAGGCGAUCAAGUCACAGAGCAUGAAUGUCUCAAUCUGGAAUACAAUUGCCCCUUUUUGGUUUACCAUGUGGGGAGUGGGCUGUAUAUAUUCCAUUGGGUGUAGAAGAGCACAAAGGAGUACUGCUGCCACAGACAUCAUGGUCAAAUAGGAGACUUGGCUAGUAAGUUACUCCUUUUGUCAUCAGGGUUUCUAAGUUAACAAAAGGACUUGAAAUUGACAUACUUUUGGAUUUGGUUUAAUAGAGGUAUCAUUCCUUAUCAUCAUCAUCAAUCUUUAGUCACAUGUAUUGUAUCAUGUAUGUAUCAUCAAAACUAUGUUGCUUCUGCUUUUCUGAAUGGAUCUUUUCGUAUACCUGGUA